AUGAUGGUGAUAUCGGCGGCGGCGUGCGCGGCGGGCGCGGCGGAGGUGGGCGCGUUCCCCGCGCUGGCCGCCUCCCGCGGGCUGGCGGCGGCGCUGCUGCUGGCGGCGCUGCUGGCCGCCGCGUACGCGCUGUUCGCGGCGCUCGCCGUGCCGGAGACCAGGGGCCGAGACCCGCGCUCCAUCUACCGGAUGCUGGAGCGAAACGCGACACGAACUGACGAGACGCGACACGUCGGUGGACAUCGUGAGGACGAUGACGCGAAUCGACGACCGGUUACACCUUCCAGCGGUGGAAGCGGUGGUAUGGGUCUGCUAGAAAAGCUGUCGUCGUGGCUGGGGCGCGGGCGCACCGAGGUGACAGUGCUAGUGUUGGGGCUCGACAACAGCGGCAAGUCGACGCUGCUGGACGCGCUGCGGCCGCCCGAGCAGCGCGCGCGGCAUCUGGCGCCUACCGUGGCGCUGCAACAGGACCAUUUCCAGAGCGGCGGCGUGUCGUUCAGCGCGUGGGACGUGUCGGGCGCGCCGCGGCACCGCGCGCUGUGGGAGCGCCACUACCGGCGCGCGCACGCACUCGUGUUCGUGGUGGACUCCAGCGACCGCUUGCGACUAGGUAACGCCGCGGUGCUAGUGCCGCCACCGGGUGGGCUCGUACGCUAUAUAAUGUGCGGUGUGCGGUGUGCAGUGGUGGCCCGCGAGGAGCUGGAGCUGCUGCUGUGCCACCCGGACGUGUGCGGGCGGCGCGUGCCGCUGCUCGUGUUCGCCAACAAGUGCGACGCGCCGCACGCGCUCGCGCCCGCGCAGGUGGCCGCCGGAUUAGGUUUGGAGCGCAUCGCUGACAAGCCGUGGCACAUCUGCGCGUCGAACGCGUUGUCAGGAGCGGGCCUAACCGACGGCAUAUCGUGGCUGGCGCGACAGAUCAGAGACCUCCAUAUACAACAGCAUUAG